AUGUUGAAUAAUAAUGGAUACAAAUCAAAGCAAUGUAGUAGUACUGCUAGUGGUUACAUUUGUAGGAUCCAAGUACUUGUUAUGUCUUUUACAUUGAUGCUAAUGCUAGUGAUUCUCUUUUUAGUAUUUGAUAAUGUUCAUGAUAAUGAUAAUCAUGGUGUCAAAGUAAAAGUAAAACCAAGUUUAGCUUAUGAUUCUCAUAAGCAAAAGUGGAAUAGCUUUGAUUCUUUGGUGAAAUUGCAUCCCACAAGAGAGUUCAGGAAUGGAACAGAUUUGAUAUGGCAAGUACCUGAAUCACCUAAAGGUGUUCUUUUUCUUGCUCAUGGAUGUAAUGGAAAAGCCAUUAACUUUUGGGACAAAUCGUCUGAAUGUCCUGAUUGUGUCAGUUUGCCUGAAGAACGGUUGCUUGUACUUCACGGUCUUGCUGAAGGUUUUGCUGUUAUUACUAUUUCAAGUGCGCGUAGAUGUUGGAGUUAUGGAAAUAAUGAAGUGUUGAUUGUUCAGGACUAG